UGGCGGCUUUGGCGCGCUCGGGUCGCGUCGGUGCGUCGCGGAACGCGCCCAAGGACCCGGUUCCCGCGAGCAGCUCGGCGCGGCACCCAGCCCAGUGAUCUUCCAAAUGGGCUGAAUGACCCUCCUUUUACUCUCACAGUCUAGAAGCAUCAGAGGUGGAAUUUUCUAAAACCCUCUGCUCAGGUUACUCUGCCUUGCGCUGGUGCAUCCUUUUGACUGGCAAGAUCUAGAUCCUGUUCCCCAUAUUAAAUCUUCAGCCUGGGUCAAUAAAAUACAAGCACUGAUGGCUGCUGCAAGCUUUGGCCGAACUAAAAUCCCCAGAGGAAACGGAUCUUAUUCUGUUGGUUGUACAGACCUGAUGUUUAAUUACACUGAUAAGGGCACCUUCUUGCGUAUGUAUUAUCCAUCCCAAGGUGAUGACCUCCUUGACACUCUCUGGAUCCCCAACAAAGAAUAUUUUCAGGGUCUUAGUAAAUUUCUUGGAACACACUGGCUUAUGGGCAAAAUUUUGAGCUUGCUCUUUGGUUCAAGGACAACUCCUGCAAACUGGAAUGCCCCUCUGAGGACUGGUGAAAAAUAUCCGCUAAUUAUUUUUUCUCAUGGUCUUGGAGCAUUCAGGACAAUUUAUUCUGCUAUUGGCAUUGACCUGGCAUCUCAUGGGUUUAUAGUUGCUGCUGUAGAACACAGAGAUGGAUCUGCAUCUGCAACUUACUAUUUCAAGGACGAGUCUGCUGCAGAAAUAGGGAACAAGUCUUGGCUCUACCUUAAAACUGUAAAACAAGAGGACGAGGAGAUACCUGUACGAAAUGAGCAGGUACGACAAAGAGCAAAGGAAUGUUCUCAAGCUCUCAAUUUGAUUCUUGACAUUGAUUGUGGAAGGAGAGUGAAGAAUGUAUUAGAUUUGGAGUUUGAUUUGGAACAACUGAAGGACUCUAUCGAUAGGAAUAAAACAGCAGUGAUUGGACAUUCUUUUGGUGGAGCAACAGUUAUUCAGGCUCUUAGUACAGACCAGAGAUUCAGAUGUGGUAUCGCCCUGGAUGCAUGGAUGCUUCCAGUGGGUGAUGAAGUAUAUUCCAGAAUUCCUCAGCCCCUCUUUUUUAUCAACUCUGAACGGUUCCAAUAUCCUGCUAAUAUUAUAAAAAUGAAAAAAUGCUACUUACCUGGUAAAGAAAGAAAAAUGAUUACAGUCAGGGGUUCAGUCCAUCAGAAUUUUGUUGACUUUACUUUUGCAACUGGCAGAAUAAUUGGAUACAUACUCACAUUAAAAGGAGAUAUAGAUUCAAAUGUAGCUAUUGAUCUUAUCAAUAAAGCUUCAUUAGCAUUCCUACAAAAGCAUUUAGAACUUCAUAAAGAUUUUGAUCAGUGGGACUCUUUGGUUGAAGGAGAGGAUGAGAAUCUUAUCCCAGGGACCAACAUUGACACUACCAAACAACAUGUCACUCUACAGAACUCUACAGGAAUAGAGAAACAGACAUUAGAUUAAAAGAGCUUUUUAAAAAGUCUUGUUUAAAAACUGUCUAAAAUAGUGUGUGCGCGCAUGUGUGAUUUUAAUGUAUUUUCCUAAAUAACUCAUAUUUAAAAAUGUGGGCUAUACUGUAACAGUGAUUGAUACUUGACUGUUUUCCUUUAAAUGUAAAGAAAGAAUGCAGUAUACAAAAAUCAUACCAGCCUAAAUUUUAAGUUUACUAAGAUGAUCCUUUUUAAGUGCGAAAAUUAAAAACUUCUUUUACAUUACCUUAAUAGACAAAUAUAUUAAAACAGGCACACUGCCAAUGAAAACCUGUUGCUAUGACAUAAGACUCCCUAAACAUACAGUAAAAACAGAUUUUCUUGCCUUUUAUUCUCUAUUAUGGGCAGUAGAGUUGAGUUUUAGCAACAUGAUAUUCUAGGUAGAAUUUGGCAGUGCUUUUCCUUGACUUUUGGUCAUGGUAAGAAAAAAUCAGAUCAAGCUGGUAAUAAAGCCAUUGUAUUAGCACAGAGAUACUAUACAAUUUUAAAAUGAUGACUAAAUGUGGAG